UCGUACACGACGAAGGAGAUAUUAAACAAUGGGCCGUUACUCACGUGAGCCAGAUAACGCCAGCAAGUCGUGCAAGGCGCGCGGUCCCAAUCUACGUGUUCAUUUCAAGAACACCCAUGAGACCGCACAGGCCAUCAAGCGCAUGCCACUGCGUCGUGCCCAGCGUUUCCUCAAGGCUGUUGUCGACCAGAAGGAGUGCGUUCCAUUCCGCCGUUUCAACGGUGGCGUUGGACGUUGCGCCCAGGCCAAACAGUGGAAGACGACACAGGGUCGCUGGCCAAAGAAAUCGGCUGAGUUCCUGUUGCAAUUGCUGCGCAAUGCCGAAGCGAAUGCUGACUACAGAGGACUCGAUGUCGAUCGUCUGGUCGUUGAUCACAUUCAGGUGAAUCGCGCUCAGUGCCUGCGUCGUCGCACAUAUCGUGCCCAUGGUCGCAUCAAUCCCUAUAUGUCGUCGCCAUGCCACGUCGAGGUCAUUCUGACCGAGAAGGAGGAGGUUGUCGCCAAGGCCGCCGAUGAUGAGCCCACAAAGAAGAAGCUCUCCAAGAAGAAGUUGCAGCGUCAAAAGGAGAAGAUGUUGCGUUCUGAAUAAAGAAAUGUGUGUCUGGAACGGGGGCAGGUGGCGGUAAUACAAUCGCCAGUCGCCGCCGCCCAUGCCGGUGUUAAACAAAACUGAAAAAAACAAA